UACAGUGGAGUGACUCUUCUGCUUCAGGCUUUUCUCUAACGCGUGCCUUUCUCUCUCCUGUUAGCUCUGUUCAUCAAUGGCGGAAAUGUUCUCCUCUUUCUAUCUCGCUUCUAUUCCUCAAUUCUAACCAACAUUCGCAUAUAUGUUUCUCAAUCUCAUCUUCUUUACGAGCUUAGAUCUAUAUCUCCAAUCUUCUUUUCAAUCGAUCAGUGCUCCGAACUGUAUCAAUUUUGGCUGAAUCUGAGAUGGAUAAGCUGUUCGGUGAAAUCUCCAACGCAACCUCAUGCGACGGAUCGAUCGGAGUAGCCGCCGUUUCCGGUGAUGAACGACGUGGAUACGAUGUCUACUCCAGUCCUGCUUGCCGGUAUCCUUCCUACAUUGCUGGCGGAAUAGAUGAAUGUGGUUAUGGCUAUGUACCCAAUAUUGGUGGAUUCUCGAAAGCAUCAUUAUCACCUGGGUCGAACUCGACCACUCGCACGCCUUCACCCACCGUAGAAGACCUGCGGCUGUGGUUGCUGGAGCUUGAUAGUAGCCGUAUCGCAUCGGCGAUGAGGCUGGAGGAGCAUGGGCUUCUCGAGAAGCUCCAGUUCUUGCAGGUACAAGAGAAUCUAACCAAAGGCCGCCCCGCUCCUGCUAAAGACGUCACGGCGGACUCUUCGUUGCAUCAGGACUCUGUUCUGCCGGAUUUUCUGCCAUUGGAUGACAUGAUGUCAUUACCGAUGAUUUAUUCCAAUUGUUGGGUCACUGAUCGGUUAGGCUUCCCUUAUUCACCUCAAUUUAAAACGAGAAAUCCAGACGUUGCUGGUGACACUCUGCUUGCCGAAUCCUAUCCUCGCUGUAAGGGUAAUGAUGCUCGUCUCAAUCCAACUUUUGGCUUUCUCAACUCUGAGGGCUCUGUGAAUGGAUAUAAUAAAAAGUUGCACUAUGGUUUUCCUGUCCUUAAUGGAAGAUUUUCAAGGAGUAGCGAACCCUUUGGCUGUGACGAUAAUUUUAUCAUGCAAGGGAAGGGGCUAUUCUCUAAAACGCCUUACGAAAAUUCCCUUGGAGAUAGGAGGAGGAUAGAUUUUAGUAAUGCUCAUAUCGGAAUGUUCCAAAGGUUCCAAAGGCUCAGGUCUUCUGCUUCUCUGUUUCAUAAGAAGGAUACAAUAUAUCACCUGGCUAAGGAUCAACAUGGCUGUCGUUUCUUACAAAAAAAAUUUGAGGAAAGGAAGGCCGAAGCAAUCGACACUAUAUUUAAUGGCGUGAUUGAUCAUGUGGUCGAGCUCAUGGAGAAUCCAUUUGGGAACUAUCUCAUGCAAAAGCUCCUUGAAAUAUGCAGCACGGGACAGAGGAUGAUGAUCAUCCUUAAGCUAACGGAACACCCAUCUCAACUUAUCAGAAUCUCUCUGAAUACUCACGGGACUAGAUCUGUACAGAAAUUAAUUGAGACUCUCAAAACAAGGCAAGAGAUUUUACUAGUUACUUCUGCUCUCAGGCCAGGCUUUCUGCAACUGAUCAAAGAUCUCAAUGGUAAUCAUGUCGUCCAAAAAUGCCUUGUAUCUCUGAAAGCAGAGGAUAACAAGUUUAUUUUUGAUGCCGCCACAAAGCAUUGUGUUGAAAUUGCCACUCAUCGACAUGGAUGCUGUGUUUUACAAUGCUGCAUAUCUCAUUCUAUUGGAGAGUACAGUCCAAAGCUGGUUCUUGAAAUUUCUUCAAAUGGCCUUUUACUUGCUCGAGAUGCAUUUGGGAAUUAUGUUGUACAAUAUAUUCUUGAUCUUCACAAUCAAUCAGCAACUGCAAUUCUUCUAUCCCAAUUCAAAGGAAACUAUGUGGAGCUGUCAAUGCAGAAGUUCAGCAGUAAUGUUGUUGAAAAAUGUCUCAAAGUUCUUGAUGAAGAUGAAAGAGCAAAAAUCAUAGCAGAAUUACUUCACCUGGAAACUUUUGAGCAAGUACUGCAAGAUCCAUAUGCAAAUUAUGUCAUCCAGUCGGCCCUUUGCACUACUAAGGGUUCUCGUCUUCACGCAUCACUUGUUCAUGCUAUUCGGCCUUUUGCUGCUAAAUUAAAAACAAAUCCUUAUUGCCGGCGAAUAUUUUCCAGAACUCUAAGAAAUGAUCAUUAGUUGAUUUCUGACAUGUGUUGUUGUUCCUUUGUUCUGUAUGGUUUGUAGACCUUUAUGUUGUAGGUAUCUGCAUUAUGAGUAUGUGCUGUAAAAACUAGUUCUGUAGAAUGCAUCAGUUGUAUUUGGUUUGUUGUUG